ACAUUCUGAUCCGAGGAUCAGCUGGAGGCAGCAAUAAACAGAAGGAAAAUCUGCAGCGAAAAUAUACAGAAGAAGGGGAGGAAAAAUAGCUGCAGAUGUUAUGAUCUAAAAAUCAUCAGUGUAAAGUUUUUACACGAAGAUCUUCUUCUAAGAAGAAAGCCUUUUAUUUUUGUAUUAUGGUGUUUUAACUACCUCACUUUAAGAUUAUCUAAAGCUGUGCUUUAAGAAUUGUUGUCGUUUCUACUGUGUGUGAGAUCUCGUUUACAACUUGAAAAACAUUGUAAAGGCAGGCCUUUGCUCCAAACCAAGUGAAACCUUACAUUUGCACUACUGAAGCCUGUCCACUCCUGUUUGUCAAAAACCGAGAUCCAGCAAAGGGCUUCAAGAUCACAACAAAAAAGAACUGUAAAACAGCAACAAGCUAUACAGAAAUACAAAUAAGAAAUUCACCAAGGCAGCUACAGCUUUUUCUUUGUGGACGUCUAAAAAAAGCACCCAAGUCAUCUACAUUCAACUAUACAGGCAGUCAUGUUCCAGCGUCUGAGCAGCCUGUUGUUUGGGGAAGUAGAGGAGGUGACAGCUGAGCUGAAGGGACCCAACCCCUGCGUGACAGAGGCAGACGAGGAGGGAUGGAUGCUCGUCAACCUGCCUGAAGAACCUGACUGCAUGAUGCAGGCCCAGGAUGAGACAGGAGCCCCCCUUACUGCACAAUCAUGUCCAGACAGUAACCAAUCAAAUCAUCAAGACACACAUACAAGGACUGAAAGCCCCACCCUCAUUCCCCAUGUGCCUCACAAGCGCCGUAGGACACACAAAGGCCGGGCCCGAGGUGCAGUAGCAUCAUCAGACCCCCUUUUUUGUCAAAGCGCUAGUUUGUCAAACUUGGAUGCUACUACACCCGUGACCCCACCGAGACGGGCCAGACUGUCCACGUCCUCCUCCACCCCGUCAGUGUCCCCUGGCUCAGGAAGUGAGUGGGGGGGCAGUGGGGGUAGCAAUAGGUCAGGUCCAGAGAGAGGCUGCAUGGAUGAGAGCUGGUUUGUCACCCCUCCCCCCUGUUUCACUGCAGAGGGAGCCAAAGCAGAGGCCAGCCCGAUGGAGGACCUGCUCAUCGAGCACCCCAGCAUGUCUGUGUACGUCUCCUCCAACAACCUGUCCAUGGUUUCCAAUGGCAACCUGUCUGUGGUGGGAGAGGAGAGCAUUGUCAGCCUGGCGAGCAGCGUUAGCAGAGUGGCAGAACCAGCUGCUGUCCCGGCCACCCGUGGCAGUAUGCCCACCAGGGUGACUCGUGGAGCCGCAGCCCAGGCCGGAGCUCUGGCCAAGGUCACCCAAGUGGCGAGGGUCCAGCGUAGCAAAGCCCGCAUCGAACGGCGCCAUCUGGGCCGCAACCGCAUCCACCGCCAAAACCUCACCAGGGAGCAGGUCCCCCGCCACGCAGCCCACGCCAGAAACUCCUUCCUUCACCAGCCCAGCAAGCAUAACGUCUGCCACUAAAAACCUCCCACAACCAGGGGUUGUUGUUUACUCUGAGGGCAUUAAUAGUGCAUAGUCAACUCUGAGACACACAAGAUUAAAUGUAUUCACCAACUGCAUAUUCGCUUUACAUUAUAUCAAAUUAUGCUCCGAUACAAGUAAACAAGUAGAUUUUUGUUGUCCAAAAAGAACUCCCCCUGCUAGUUUUAUGCCCCAUUCCGCUGGGACAAACCAAGCUCUCUGAGUAGAUCUUCAUAGACUGCUAUCAUGCUCAUUGCUCAGUGCAGUAUCCAAAAGUCUACAUGAUAUUUAUACAAGUUUUACUUACUAGAAUAACAUCUGAAAAACAACAAAAAGUUUAAUUAUAUUUCUUUUUUUUUCUCCUAUCUAAGUAAAAUAUAACUUUUUCUUUCGCUAAUCCUCAAGGCAUGUUUUAUUUAUUCAACCAUUUGAAUCCUGAAGUACUUUGUUCAAUUCUGAGGUAUUUGAUUUGAAACAUAAAUGUGUAGUAGUUUAGCAGCUUUCUGGCAGGAACAAUGCAAGACAGAGACAAGAUAAACCUCACAGGGAAAACAGCUCAUCGUGUCUUCUAAGACAUUCAUCACAGGUGAUUUUUUUUUAAUUUUGGAAGGACAUACCGUGUGUGAUGAGUGCGAGAGUAAAAUCAAAAGGCGUGGGUUUCCCUUACAGUUUGAUCAAGGAAACAUGGGGCAACCUGUGUCAUAAUAGGAAACAAACGUUGUGGUAUUUCUCUCUGCUCACUCUGUGAAGGUUUGGAGCAAGUAGAAGAUGGAGAGAGUAUGAGCAAAACAGACUAAAGAGUAAAAGAAAGUAUUUAAAGGAAUGGGAUUAAAAUUAAAUAGGAAGUGUUCUGUAACCCUCUGAGCAUAGCAGAAAAUGGCCCGUUGCAUAUUUUACUCAUGCAUACGGCUGUUUAUUGCAUCAAAAUAAAGUUCUAGAAAGAAAAAUUUGAAUGCAGGGGCUUGCCUUUGGGUUGCAGGGAACAGCAGGUUAUAGGAAGUGCAAAGCGGUAUCAUAGGCAACUCUUUAUUUUGUUUUGUUAUAUUGUUUUCUGCUCAUUUUGCUUAAAUCAGAGUAUUAUUUCACUGUCUCUGUCUGCAUUGUUCUACCCAAGAAAAAAAGAUGGCUUGUUCCUUUAAGAUAAAGAGAAACUACAAGUUCACAUUAAAAAAAAAUCGCUCCUUACGGAUGAUACACUGCAUAAUGAUCAUUAAAUGUGUGGUCUGCAAUCCUAAGUAAUGUGCCCGGCACACAUCGGCCAUCUUCACCUAAAAAAAGUGUGUGCCGUGAUCUUCUUCACACAUUAACCCAUUUCUUUGAAAGUGGACACAAGUGUCUCCCUAGAGCCUAACAACACCCAUCUUCUCCAACUGCACAUUCAAAACUAUCAUCUUAACACAGGAAGCGCAACAACCUCCACCUUCUCCAUGACUGUCUGUCCUGUCCUCAUCAUCACCACAUCCAGCCCUUACAGUGUCCACGUAAAGAUCUAGCUUACUGAUAUGUAUUCAACAACAAUAGUAAACAAUGGUGCUGAAGUGUAUACUAAUGUUUGUAAAUUAUUUGAGACAUGGAUGUAAGUUUGCACUGUCACAUUUUGUGAGUCAAAGUUUUAGCUGUGUGCCGUGUGCUUGUUUUUUCUUUGUAAUAUUUUUUUCUUUUUGUUUUGAUUCAAAUUGUGUGUGAGAAGGUGUACGAACAUGUUAACUGCUAGAAACUACUUAAAAAGAAAUGAGAACUGCUCA